GGACAGAAAGUGAGAGGAAGAGAGGAAGAGGCGUCCCAACUGCGUGGCUGUGCCUGCUCUGGCCCCAGCCUUGCCUUCGUGCCGGGGCGUUUUUGCCCAAUGAGAGUCCACCGGAGGUGUCCGUCUUCCCCGCCUGCCCCCGAGCCCAGCCCUCCGGCGUGUCAUCCUCAUCCCCCUUCCCAGCAGAUGCCCGUCCAUGGGGCUGCUUGCGAAAGGCUUCUUCCAGCCCCGACCACAACCAGCAGUGCAUCUUGCCAGGGAAUCGGCCGGCCAGCGGACAGCCGCCCGCGGGUGCAGGGCGUUUGACGGCGCCGCCUUCCCCAGCCGUGCCCAGAGCAGCAGCAGCAACAGCAGCAGCAGCCGUCCAGGUCUGGGCUGCGCUGAGCGGAUCGAUCCGGCCCCGGUCGUCGUCAGCCUCGCUUUCUCCUUCGCGCCCGGUUGUAGAGACCCGAGGACUUGUCCUUCUCGCGACUACCUUCCCUCGGCCGGGGAAUUAUGCUGGGCUCCAGCCGCUGGGCUCGGAUUGCCUGCGCGCCCGGGGACACUCGACGGGCGUCCGUGGUCCCCCGUGCGCCCUCGCGCCUCUGCUUGCCCUUGGUCCUGAUGCUGCUGACUCUCACGCCGCGGGCGGACUCCUCUUGGUGGUACAUUGGGGCCCUGGGGGCAAGGGUGAUCUGCGAUAACAUCCCUGGAUUGGUCAACAAGCAGCGACAGCUGUGCCAGAGUUACCCAGACAUUAUGCAGUCCGUUGGGGAAGGAGCAAAAGAGUGGAUCCGGGAAUGCCAGCACCAAUUCCGUCACCACCGCUGGAACUGCAGCACUUUGGACAGAGACCACACAGUCUUUGGCAGGGUCAUGCUACGAAGUAGCAGGGAAGCUGCCUUCGUCUAUGCAAUCUCCUCCGCUGGAGUUGUAUACGCCAUCACUAGGGCUUGCAGCCAAGGUGAGCUCAAGGCCUGCAGUUGUGAUCCCCACAAGCGGGGCCGCUCGAAGGAUGAAAGAGGGGAGUUUGACUGGGGGGGCUGCAGUGACAACAUCAACUAUGGGAUCAAAUUUGCAAAGGACUUUGUGGAUGCCAAAGAGAAAACAGUGAAGGAUGCCCGGGCCCUGAUGAAUCUGCACAACAACCGCUGUGGCAGAACGGCUGUGAAGCGUUUCCUGAAACUCGAAUGCAAAUGCCAUGGUGUCAGUGGCUCCUGCACUUUAAGGACUUGCUGGCUGGCAAUGUCGGACUUCCGCAAAACAGGAGACUACCUCCGGAAGAAAUAUAAUGGUGCCAUCCAAGUAACUAUGAACCAGGAUGGCACUGGGUUCACUGUGGCCAAUAAAAACUUCCGCAAACCCACCAAAACGGACCUUGUAUAUUUUGAGAAUUCACCCGAUUACUGUGUGAUGGACAAGUCUGCAGGUUCGUUAGGGACAGCCGGACGAGUGUGCAACAAGGUCUCGCGUGGGACCGAUGGAUGCGAGGUCAUGUGCUGCGGCCGAGGCUAUGACACCACCCGCGUGCGGCGAGUCACCAAAUGCGAGUGCAAAUUCCACUGGUGCUGUGCAGUCCGCUGCAAGGAGUGCGAGGACACCGUGGACAUUCACACAUGCAAAGCACCCAAGAGGGCAGAGUGGGUGGACCAAACCUGAGACAAUGUGAGCCAGAGGGGGGAAAGCAAAACUGGCACAGUGCCCCAGGGCUUGGGCAUUCUGGGAAUUGUAGUUCAACUGCAUGGCUUUUAUUUAAUUAAUUCUGCAAAGCACUACAGAGAAGACUACAUUUCCCAUGGGGAUAGCGAGCUCUUCUGCUCACCCAGUAGAACUCAUUCCUCUAACUUUAAAAAGGAAUUUUCAAAUGACACGGAACUGUGAAGCUUCCUUUGCCUGGCGAUAUUGUCCAAAGAACAAAUAAAUAAAAAGAGGGAACAAUGCAGCUACAUAGGAGCACAAGAGAGUGAGGAGCAGGUUACAAUUAGCUGGAGAACCUUGCCUCUCUCCAGGGAAUGUUCAGCAGUAUAUUAUAAAAUGUUGCCUAACCUGCAGAAAUCCCUCCAUCUACCCUGGAAGAAAGUACUCUAUUUCCCAAAAGAAGAUGGCUGUAUAGUCCUAAGGAACUACAUGUUCUGCUAUGGAUCUCCACUCAUACAGAGGCCACCAUGGCUGCACUAUGGACAUUAGCUGAACAACAGCAACAUUGUGUAAAGGGACUUUGUUACCUUUUCCUUUCUAAUGGAAAGCAAACUGUGGAGUUACAAAGUUGGCAGCCGAAAGAAAACCAGUAUCUACAUGCAGAGGGGGAAAAGUAUGAAAGUUGAGAGUACAUGUGUAUGUCUGGAUGCUCUGGUAGGUUCUAAAGGAAACUAAUAUAAAGGUGACUUUUUGGUACAAAUGCACUUGUACAUCAUGUAGACUGCUUUAAAUACUUUAAAUCAAAAUCCCUUAUAAACCUGUAUCAGAAAA